CCCCCUAAUCCCCCAUCUAUGGAAAGAAAUUCCUAUAAAUGCAAAUAAAUUGCUGAAUGAAAUCCCUAAAAACCCAACCCAGAAACCAGCCAACAAAGAGAGCCCAUUGGAAUUUGUUAUAUAUUCUGUACCAGUAAUUUAUUGUAUGUUCUUUAUAUCUGCAUCAAAUCAAAAGGGCCAUUGUUCUUUCUCUCUUCCUCUUGAUUUUUCUGUCUUGAUCCAUCCCUCGUGACAUUAUUAAGGAAAAAGAAACGAUUUUUGGCGCUGUGAUUCAGCAUUUUGAAAAGGGUUUCUUCAAUUGUUCCCACGAUUGAAAGGCCCUGAUUGUAGAUUGAUGGUGCCUGCAUUUGUUUGCUGACUGCAUAAAAAGGUUGGGAAUUUGAUGAGGGUUUUCAAGAUAUAGAUGAAGGAGGAUUGAAAACUGCUGUUUGGAGUUUUGGGGAAAUUUGGUGUAACUGUGAGUUUCUGCAAAUUGCCAUUGAGGGUUCAGUUUAGUGCAAAAAGAAAAAACCAUUCAUUUUGUGGUAAAUCAUAUAUUGAGGCAAUGGUGAGCAAUACAUGGAGAAAGUUUAUAGCACCUUGUUGGAGACCAUUGAGGGAGAGUCAAAGCGAAAAUUGCAGUAAUAGAGGAGGUGAUCUUAGCGGGCGAGUGGAUGGUUUGUUGUGGUACAAAGAUAUAGGACGUCAUAUUCAUGGCGAAUUUUCAAUGGCAGUAAUUCAAGCAAAUAAUGUAUUGGAAGAUCAAAGCCAGCUUGAGUCAGGGUCAAUGAGCUCCAUUGAGUCGGGCCCUCGAGGAACAUUUGUCGGAAUUUACGAUGGGCAUGCUGGUCCAGAAGCUUCGCGGUUUAUAAACAAUAAACUUUUCGAAAAUAUUAAGACUAUUCGUGAUGCAGAAUUUACGUCAGCAAAUAAUGAAAUGUCAGCUGAUGUUAUAAAAAACGCAUAUUUGGCGACAGAGGAAGAAUUUCUUUCUAUGGUUAAAAAGCAAUGGGAAUUGAGACCACAAAUUGCUUCUGUGGGGUCAUGUUGUCUGGUGGGCGUUAUAUGCGGUGGAGUGUUGUACAUUGCAAAUGCUGGAGAUUCCAGGGUGGUGCUAGGAAGACUGGAAAAGGCCAACAAACAGAUCGAAGCCGUCCAAUUAUCUGCUGAACACAAUGCAAAUUUGGAAUCUAUUCGGGAUGAGUUGCACUUGUUGCAUCCUGAGGAUCCCCAGAUUGUUGUUUUAAAGCACAAGGUUUGGCGCGUGAAGGGUCUUAUUCAGGUUUCAAGAUCGAUUGGUGAUGCUUACUUGAAGAAAGCAGAGUUCAAUAGAGUGCCUCUGUUACCAAAAUUCAGACUGCCAGAACCUUUCCAGAAACCAAUCCUUUUGGCUGAGCCGUCAAUUCUUGUUCAUAAACUUUAUCCAGAGGAUCAGUUUCUUAUAUUUGCUUCAGAUGGGCUAUGGGAACACCUUAGCAAUGAACAGGCAGUUGAACUUGUCCACAACUCCCCACGUAAUGGAAUUGCCAGAAAACUGGUGAAAGCUGCACUUCAUGAAGCAGCAAAGAAGAGAGAAAUGAGAUAUUCGGACCUCAAAAAAAUUGAUAGAGGAGUGAGGCGGCACUUUCAUGAUGACAUCACAGUUAUAGUUCUUUUCUUAGACUCCCAUUUGAUCAGCCGCAGUUUCUCCCGGGGCCGACUUCUUUCAAUAAAAGGAGGUGGGGUUACUCCGGGAGAUGUCAAUACGUAAUAUGGCUUCUCAUAAAAUCUGUUCUUUGGCCGAUUUCCGGCAAUACAAAUGGGAAAGACAUAUAAGUAGAUAUAUAGAGCUGCCUUUUGGGCAUCUCACCAGACUUGAUAAUGUUAAUGAUUAUGCCAGAAAGAUGCCGAGUUGAAUAUCUUUGUUAGAACUUUUUGUGCUGACUGGCAUAUGAAACUGAAGAAAAUUACAGGGUCAGAAAAUGAGAAUACUGACUGAUUCUUUUGGUAUGUUUCAGUUUUGUUUCUGCAUAGGCUUUGGGGUUCCUUUUAUAUAUACACUGGUGAUCAUCCAGAUAGCAUUUAGCAAAUCUGGGGGUUUUGCUUGAAAGAAAAGCUUGUUUUGCUGGUC